GUUAGAUGAUCACGUAUUUAAGUCAUGCAAAUAUUCCUCAAAAUUUCAACCAAACCCUUUUCCUCUGAAAAUAAAAAGUCAUGAAUUCUGCAGAGUUGGUGUUUCUUGUGUUGUAUUUGUUAUUCAUCAAUCUUGUUUCACAAGGGCAGCUCGAAAUCGGAUUCUACUCCCAAACAUGCCCUAACGCGGAGUCCAUUGUGAAAUCUGUUGUGAGAGAAGCCACUCUUGCAGAUCCACGAAUUCCCCCCGUUCUUCUCCGCCUCCAUUUCCACGACUGCUUCGUUGAGGGUUGUGAUGGUUCGAUUUUGAUCGAAAACGGAGCAAUUGCGGAGAAGAAAGCGGUGGGGCAUCAAGGAGUUGGAGGUUUUGAGCAGAUUAUGAAAGCGAAACAAGAGAUUGAAGCUCAGUGCCCCGGAGUUGUGUCGUGCGCCGACAUCGUCGCCAUGGCCGCCAGAGAUGCUGUUGCUCUGGCUGGAGGGCCAAUUUACGCAGUUGAAACUGGAAGAAGAGAUGGGAGAGUUUCCAACGUAGAGCUUGCGAGUGAUAUGCCAGAGGUUAACGACUCGAUCGAAACCCUCAAAUCCAAGUUCAGAAAUAAAGGUCUUUCAAAUCAAGAACUUGUCCUACUCAGCGGAGCACACACGAUUGGUACGACUGCGUGUUUCUUUAUGCCGAAGAGACUGUACGAUUUUAACGAGACAAAUGCUUGGGAUCCUCAAAUCAGUCCUAGUUUCUUACCCAAGUUGAGAGGGAUGUGCCCUCAACAUGGAGACGUGAAUGCUAGAAUCCCUAUGGAUCCGCUAACCAAAGACAAAUUCGACGAUCAAAUCAUGCGAAAUAUUAAGAAGGGGUUUGCUGUAUUAGCGUCGGAUGCCAGAUUAUACGAUGAUGGUUUCACCAGACAAGUGGUGGAUUUCUACGCCGGCGGCUCCAAAUUUGCACCAGAUUUUGCGACGGCUAUGCUGAGAAUGGGGCGGAUUGGUGUCAAGUUGGGAUCAAACGGGGAAAUUAGACGAACUUGUCAUGCCUUUAAUUAACUCACUUAUUUACCAACAUAUAUAUUGCACAUACUUGUGUAAUCCAACAAUUAAAGACUUGUCAAACUUAUUUACACCCAUAACAAAUAAAUCAUAACGCACCCUAAAUGGAUAAUGUCCCAAACAUUUAUCAUGUUUAAUUAAACUGUGAUUUCUAUUAUCAUGAUUGUUCAAUAUCUUACUAUUUUUAUAUUCUAUCGAGUUAAGUGAAUUA